CUGGGCGCAGGGCCGGCUCUGGGACCGCUCUUUCAUGUCGCUAUAGCAACGAGUGCAGGCGCGAGGCAUGCGCGAGGAUCUUCCGCUCUCCGCCCCGUGGCCAAUGAGCGCGCGGAAUGGUGGAGGCGUUGGCCAAUGGGUAGCGGAGGGGGCGGGGCUAGCGACUCCCCGGGGCGGUUAAAGCGUUGAGGCGGCGGCGGUGCGCGUCCGCCCGCGGGAUUGCGCGGCUCCUGGCUGCGCGCUGUUGGUGCAGGGGGCCAUGGGCGAGCAGAAGGCGGUGAUAAAGGACACGGACAUGCCGGAGGAGAUGCAGCAGCAGGCCGUGCAGUGCGCCCUGCGGUCCCUGGAGGAACACAGCCCUGAGUGCAGCGUUGCCGCUCAUAUAAAGAGGGAGUUUGACAGGAGAUACAACCCCACGUGGCACUGCGUUGUGGGGAGGAACUUUUCCAGCUGUGUGACGCAUGAGACCAACCAUUUCAUCUUUGCCUACCUGGGCCACGUCGCUCUUCUUCUCUUCAAGUCUGCUUAGAGCUGGGGGCUGCUUCCCGAGCCCCGGCCAGCCCUUCCGUAACCCGCAGCCCGCUGCUCUCAGGCCGACCGGGGGAGGACGCCGAGCACGGGCUUUGCUGAAGUGAAUGGUGUUCUUGUUGCUCCUAGGGGCGAAAUGGAAAAAGGAACCCCUCUUUGUGUUUAUUUGUGUUCUACAGCAGGCUUCUUUCCCAAUAAAAGCGUUCUGCCUUUCGAAGCUGUGCGGCUGUCUGCGCUCUCUCUGACGUUGCUUGGGCUGCUUGUUUCCCCCCGAGCCCUGCAGUGAAUAUACUCACAGCUUGGUCAGUGAUCGAAAGGUAACAGAUGAAUUGGGGACAAAUGAAAGCAGUCCCUUUGUAAGGCUUUUGCUAAAGGGUAACAUAUGUAUGGUUAUGUAGUCUUUUUGUUAACUCUCCUUUGUCUUUUUGCUGUUGCACUGAGGCUGAAGUUCCUGCCCAGAAAAUAACAAGAAAGGGAUCAGCGCUUGCACUCAGGAUAUUCAAACGCUGUUUUUCGAUUGAAUUAAAACCCCUUUAAGAAGCCGUUGUCAUUUCAGUCUGAAUCCCCAUUUUAUUUAUUUAUCUAUUGUUCGGAGGACCAAUUUGCAAGUCUUACACAAAUUCAGCAGAACUGACUUGUUUUUAUUUAUAACCUUCACAACCGUUUGUCACA